ACAAUUAUGUAACAGUUUGGCGGUGCGCACUCAACCAUUACGCGGGAAUUAUAUUUGGGUGUGCGCACAGAAUUACUAUCACCUCUCCAAGCAGACGCGGUAAAUUUUGUUUCAAAUGACGAUGCUGCUGUGUUUGGAUUCCAGACCAGCAGGAUUCAUAUACUUUUGCCCUCAGUGACGUGAAUGGCACAAAAAGCAGCCACAGAGACGAGUCUUCACAGCCAGUGGCAACCGAGGAGCACUUUGCAGCCCGCCUAGAAGGCGAGGCUUCAGCACACUUGGCCGCCUGUGAGAGGCACCCACCCGUAGAUGUGCAGAAAUCUAGCGGAGACUGUGAUUUGUCGGGAAUCAUGGGGGACGCUGGGGUGUGAGCCUUGACAGAGAGAGAGAAAGAGAGAGAGAGAGAGUGAAAGAGAGCGAUAGAGAGUGACAGAGACGGAGUGGCCUGCGUGCUCUGCGAAGGUGUGCCACCUGUUCCUGGUUCCUGUUGCAGCCUCGUGCCAGCUCCGGGAGACGCCAUGCCUCCCCCCUCGGACAUCGUGAAGGUGGCCAUCGAAUGGCCGGGUGCCAACGCGCAGCUCAUCGAGAUAGACCAGAAGAAGCCCCUCUCCUCCAUCAUACGGGAAGUGUGUGAUGGCUGGUCCUUGUCUGGGUCGGAGCAGUUUGCCCUGCGCUAUGCAGACGGGCCCCAGCUGUACAUCACAGAGCAGAGUCGUGGUGAGAUAAAGAACGGCACCAUCCUUCGGCUAGCCAUCUCUCCGGCGAGGGCAGCCAGGCAGCUGCUGGACCGUAUCCAGUCUCAUGGCAUCGACGCGCGUCUGGAGGCCCUGAAGGAGCUGGCCAAGCUGUCGGCCGACCCCACCUUCGCCACCGAGUUCAUCAACAUGGACGGCAUCAGCACACUGGCACGCCUGGUGGAGAGCGGCACGCAUUUUGGUGAGAUGCUAGCGUUUACUCUCACUGCCUUCCUGGAGCUAAUGGACCAUGGCAUCGUUUCCUGGGACCUCAUCUCCCUCUCCUUCAUCAAGCAGAUCGCGGGCUACGUGAACCAGCCCAUGGUGGACGUGUCGAUCCUGCAGCGCUCGCUGGCCAUCCUGGAGAGCAUGGUGCUGAACAGCCACAGCCUCUACCACCGCGUGGCCCAGGAGAUCACCGUGGGACAGCUCAUCGGGCACCUGCAAGUGUCAAAUCAGGAGAUCCAGACCUAUGCCAUCGCGCUCAUCAAUGCCCUCUUCCUCAAAGCCCCGGAGGACAGGAGACAGGCGGAGUAUAGUAACCCUCUGGAUCUGCGGCUCACCGAAAUGGCAAGCACCCUGGCCCAAAAGCACCUCCGAUCCAUCAUCCUCAAUCAUGUCAUCAGGGGGAACAGGCCGAUCAAAGCGGAGAUGGCCCACCAGCUCUAUGUGCUGCAGGUGUUGACAUUUAACUUGCUGGAGGAGCGCAUGAUGACCAAAAUGGACCCCAGUGACCAGGCCCAGAGGGACAUCAUAUUUGAGCUGAGGCGGAUUGCCUUUGACGGGGACAACGACCCCAGCAACACAGAGAAGAGGAAGGCUAUGUACACCAAGGACUACAAGAUGCUGGGCUUCACCAACCAUGUGAACCCAGCCAUGGACUUCACCCAGACCCCUCCAGGCAUGCUGGCCCUGGACAAUAUGCUGUACCUGGCCAAGCUGCAUCAGGACACCUACAUCAGGAUUGUCCUGGAGAACAGCAGUCGCGAGGACAAACACGAGUGUCCGUUUGGCCGCUGUGCCAUCGAGCUCACGCGGAUGUUGUGCGAGAUCCUUCAAGUUGGAGAGCUGCCCAACGAAGGCUGCAAUGACUACCACCCCAUGUUCUUCACCCAUGAGCGGGCCUGGGAGGAGUUCUUCUGCGUCUGCAUACAGCUCGUCAACAAGACCUGGAAGGAGAUGAGAGCUACGGCAGAGGACUUCAACAAGGUGAUGCAGGUGGUGCGGGAGCAGAUCACUCGUUCCCUGGCCCUGAAGCCUACCUCUCUGGACCAGCUGAAGGGCAAGCUGCGGGCCCUCAGCUACUCCGAGAUCCUGAGGCUCCGGCAGUCCGAGAGGAUGAACCAGGACGACUUCCAGUCUCCACCCAUCAUGGAGCUUCGUGAGAAGAUCCAGCCGGAGAUCAUGGAGCUGAUCAAGCAGCAGCGGCUCAACCGGCUCUGCGAGGGGACCUGCUUCAGGAAGAUCAGCAGCCGCAGGAGGCAGGAGAAGUUCUGGUUCUGCCGGCUGUCCCUGAACCACAAGGUGCUGCACUACGGGGACCUAGACGAGUCCCCCCAGGGCGAGGUGCCCUUCGAGAUGCUCACUGACAAGAUCCCCGUGUCCGAUAUUAAGUCUGUGGUGACGGGGAAGGACUGCCCUCAUAUGAAGGAGAAGAGUGCGCUGAAACAGAACAAGGAGGUCCUAGAGCUGGCGUUCUCCAUCCUGUAUGACCCCGAUGAGGCGCUGAACUUCGUGGCUCCCAACAAGUAUGAGUACUGCAUCUGGUCGGACGGGCUGUGUGCCCUGCUGGGUCGGGAGAUGGGCAGUGAGCUGACGCGUAGCGACCUGGACACGCUCAUCAGCAUGGAGAUGAAGCUCCGCCUCCUGGACCUGGAGAACAUCACCAUCCCAGAGGCCCCGCCCCCAGUGCCCAAAGAGCCCAGCACAUACAACUUCACCUACAACUACGGAUGAGCAAGCGCACGCGCGUGUGUGUGUGUGCGUGUGUGUGUGUGUCUGUCUGUCUGUCUGUCUGUCUGUCUGUCUGUCUGUCUGAGAGUGAGUUUGUGUGAGAAAAUCUCAUCUGAAUUGGUUGGUGCGUCUGCUGUGUAGGAAUUUGUGUAUGUAUGUGUGUGUGUGUAGUGAAUGACUGCCUGCAUAUGUGCGUGUGCAAGUAAGAGACUGGUCGUGCAUUUCAGAAUUAAAGAUAUAUAUAAAAUAUAAAUCUUAUAAUUAUAAAAAAUAUAAAUAUAAGAGGAACUGUAGGGGAGGACAACCCAAACCCUUUACAGACCUUCACUCUAAGAGAAAAAAAAGGUAUUUUGGCAUAAAGCUGCCCUCAAGUAAUUCAUGCAGAACAGAGCAACAUAUUUGAACAUUGUUUUUUUUUCUUUUUAGAAAAACUGCAGCAUUGCUAACACUAUGGACUCGAAGCGCUUAUAAAGUGAUCGUUUGUAUUUAAGGGUCACUUCAGGCCUUAUCAGAUGUAUUCCUGUGUUUACUUAAAGUUUUUUCGCCUGCACGUCCCUCCCUCUCUCUCUCUCUCUCUCUCCCUCCC